GUCCUAGCGGGGCCGGAGCUGGCGAAUCUGACCUACCGGCCACCAAGCGAGGAGGAGCUGGGGCCCGACCCCUUGUUGGUGGCAGAAGAGCGCGGGAAGGGCGGUCCGAGCAGUUUCAUGUCGUCCAGUGAGAUUGAGCCUCCACCCAAGGAUGAAGCUGUGCGGGCCUACGAGUAUCGAGCGGCG